CAAUUUUUAGUUCUGAGUGGUGGGAAAGUUCCAAGAAAGGAAUCCACUAUUUUUAAGCUGUGACGUAUCCUAGACCUAGAUUCUACGUCAAUAUGCACGACGCGUAGGACGUAAUCAUCUUCUUUUUUGAAUCAGGUUAACAAAAACAAAGAAACAAUUAACUGAAGCUACAAGAUCAUGGCAAAUGCCCAAAGUGAAGAACAAUUUAAUAUUUCUCAACGAGCACAAUGUACUCUUUCGUCAACGACACCAUUUUUCAAAUACGUUCAACAAGUUUUAGGAGACUCCUAUGAUCCAGUUGAUAAUACCAAUGGCAUUGUCAAUUUUGGGAUUGCGGAAAAUAAGAUUUGUGAAGAUUUGAUCAUGUCAAAGAUCAAAACUUUACAAGGUAAAGAUGAAAGUUCAAAGCUGCUCUACUAUGAUGUGAAUAGUGGCAAUGCAGAAUUGAAGGAAACAGGAAAGAAAUUUUUGGAAAAUUACUUCGACCCCCUUGAGGACAUUGAUGCCGGAAAUGUUGUCAUCGUAAGUGGAGUCACUGCAUCACUGGAGACACUUGCAUAUGCUGUAGCUGACAGGGGAGAGUACAUCAUAGUGCCUUCCCCUUUCUACUUUCGAAUAGAGAAAGAUGUGAAAGAAAGGGCUGAGGUGAAUGUGUUGAGCGUACCUCUUCAAUACAAGGAUGAUGGUCUGCCAUCAGAGUGUAUAUUUAGUUCAGAAAUGUUGGAAGAAGCUUUUCAGAAUGCCAAAAAGGAGGGCAAAAUAGUCAAAGCAAUACUUCUCAGUAGCCCAAACAAUCCCAGCGGAGAUGUUUUUAGCAGAGAACAGCUCCUGGAUAUAUUACAGUUUGCAUAUAGAAACAAACUUCAUGUGAUUUCCAAUGAGAUCUAUGCUUUAUCAGUCUUCAACCAUGAAGUGAAGUUUACCAGUAUUCUGUCAGUACCACAUCCAGACCCCAACAUGGUGCAUGUGACUUGGGGCUGCAGUAAAGAUCUAGGUUUAGCUGGUUACAAGUUUGCUAUCCAGUAUACUAGAAACCCCAAAGUGCUGGCCUACUGUCUGUCAUCAGCUGUGUUCACCACUGUGUCCUCAAUUGUUGGUUUUAGACUGAAAGAAAUUCUUAAUGAUACAGACUGGUUAAAUAAUGUAUUCCUGCCAACAAAACAUUGUCGCAUGCUAGAGCGCUACAAUAAAAUAUGCACACUUUUGAAAGAUCAUGGGGUCAAAGUUCAUAAUUCUGCCGCCACCAUGUUUAUAUGGAUAGAUCUUACGGAGCUUUUACCAGAGCAAACAUUUGAAGCAGAAGAUGCUUUGUUUUUGAAGUUCUUGGCUGAGAAAGUAUUUAUACAGCCUGGCUAUCAGGUGUGCAACAAAACACCUGGUAUGUUUAGAAUGGUGUUUACACUAGAUGAGGACAUCAAUGAGGAAGGUGUCAAGAGGAUGCUCAAUGUUUUGAAGUCCAGCCCACGAUAUCCACAUCCAUGUGGGAAUUCAACUAGCUAUUGACCAAGACUGUUACAGAAUGUGUUUAUGUAUAAUUAUAAAAUAAAUUAUUUUCAGUUUUAUAGAAAUUAUAUUGUAAUUAUUUUCUUAUUACCUCUGCUUGUAAACUAUCUACAAACUUUGUUGAAUAAACUCAUAAAUUAAUGUUAGCAUGAUACAUAUGCUGAUGUA